ACAGCUGAUCUAUUUAAACCGGCUUUAGUUCAGUUUUGUUUACUAGGUAUUGCUUUCCUAAAAAAUGGACUUCCAAAGGAACGAUGCCAUGCUAAUGGAGAUUCUCCAGAAUCGAAAGACAAUUACAGGAUUUCUGGACUCAAUAUUCGGCUUCCUGCGGCGCAAUACUGAUUUUUAUCACACAAAACGCGAUGAAUCGGAUAAAAUAGGCUUCCCCAAGGGCAUGAGGGAUCAGAUUCUAUAUGGUGCUAUGCAGCGCUACGAUCCGGAUUGCUUGCUCCAAACGAUGACUGCCGAUGGAGGAGCAUUAGGAGAUGAUGGGGAAACUGCUCCGCCCGCCAUUGAAGAAGUGAUCCUGGAGAGUGAAGAUCAUUCCCAAAAGGAAGAUAACAGCUCCAAGAAAAAUCUCCCAUCACAAAAAUCUAAUGAGAAGACCACGUUCUUGCCUAGUGACUACAAAAACGGAGCUGUGUUUGAAACCCAUUGCUGGUCACAGACUCUUAAAGAUCUGGACAUGCAUAUCCAGUUACCCAGGGAUCUUCAAGCAGCGAAAAAACUUAACAUCUUAAUUAAGGCCCAGCACAUAAAAGUAAGCAGCAAACAGAGUCCGGAGGUCAUAAUCCUAGAGGGAAACCUGAGCCAGCGGAUUAAACACAACGAGGCUGUGUGGACCAUUGACCAGAACCGGUUGCUCAUUAGUUGUGAUAAAUCUAAGGAACAAUGGUGGGAGCGUCUCUUUGAAGGUGACCCAGAAAUCGAUGCCAAGAAAAUUGAAUGCGAACGCUACAUAGAUGACUUACCGGAGGAUACCCAGGCCACCAUUGAAAAACUCAGGGUCCAGCAACUGGCAGCAGAUAAGGAACAAAAUGAAAUCCAGACCUCCAACCCAGAACAAGCUAAGACCCUGGAUCGUUUACGAACUGCCUGGGAUGCCGAGGGUUCCCCUUUUAAGGGACAACCCUUUGAUCCGUCUAUUGUGAGAAUGAGUUAGAAUUGGUUAAUGAUAAGCUAAUACAUAAGU